UGGGAUCAUGUGAAGGAGGAGUUAAACAGUCCCUGCUUCAGAUUCGAGUUGCAGAAAGAGAGAAUGUAUGGAAGAUCAGGUCUUGACAGGUUUAAGAAGUCUCAAACUUCGGAACCUUUCUCGGUGUCUGCAAAUCCUCCAGCGAAGCCAGUAAUUCAACACUUUUCCCCGGAGCCGGCGCAACUGCCAUCGGCGGCGCAAACUCAGAUUGGAGCGAGCCAGUCAAGUUGGCAUCCCCCAGAUUGGGCGAUUGAGCCUCGUGCCGGCGUCUACUCUCUCGAGGUUGUGAAAGACGGCCAAAUCCUUGAUCGGAUUCAUCUGGAUAGACGGAGACAUAUCUUCGGGAGACAGCAUCAGACUUGUGAUUUCGUGCUUGAUCAUCAGUCUGUUUCGCGCCAGCACGCCGCCGUCGUUCCCCACAAGAACGGCAGCAUCUUUGUGAUUGACUUGGGAUCAGCUCAUGGUACAUUUGUUGCGAAUGAGAGAUUGACGAAAGAUAGUCCUGUAGAGCUUGAAGUAGGCCAAUCCUUGAGAUUUGCUGCCUCAACAAGAGUCUACAUUCUGAGAAAGAACAGUGAGGCUCUCUUUACUCGCCCUCCUCUUCCAGCCGAGAUUAAGCUUCCACCGCCUCCUGAUCCUUCUGACGAGGACGCUGUUGUUGCAUACAACACAUUGCUCAAUAGAUAUGGUUUAAGCAAUGGAGAAUCGGGUUGUAAGUUAGGCAAAAGGAAAGAGAAGGCUGGAUCAGAAGCUGUGGUGGGUAAGAGGAUGAAGAGACUACGAGUGAGCUUUAGGGAUCAACUAGGAGGAGAGCUUGCUGAGGUUGUUGGGAUAUCAGAUGGAGCAGACGUGGAAACAGAGCCUGGUCCGAUAGGUGUCAGAGAAGGGAGCUUGGUCGGGAAGUAUGAAUCACUGGUGCAAGUGACACUUAUACCCAAAGGCAAAGGGAAGGAAGAGAAAGCUUUGACAGGAACCAGAGGUGUGACUGAUAGACUCCAGGAAGCAAUGAAUAAGUUAAAAGGGGGUCCAAGAGGAGGGAUUUAUGAUGAUCUUUACGGUGGUGAUUCACUUACCAAGGCGGUUGGUACGUCAUGGGCUUCUGCGAGUGAACAAGCAGCUAAAGAUAAAGAAGAAACUAAACGUGGAAAGGUAGAAGAAGAAGAAGAUGAUAACGACGAUCUGUUUGGUGACUGACUGAGUUUGAACCCGAGAUUUAAGCUCCUCUUCUUCUUCUCCUCUAAUGUCUACAUCCCAUUCCAGGCAAUGGUAAUGUUGUAUCCUCUUUGUCAUUCCAAUGGCAGCAGCAAGCAAACAGAGCUCUAAGCCCAGGCCCAUUGUCUUGUGUUAUAAAGUAAGAAGCCUGAAAUUUUGAUAUAAGACUGAGCAGAGUUUGGUCAUUCUAGUUGGGUCUUAACUAAAAGAUAGAUAGUCAUUACAAAUAGUGUGGAGAGUAGAGAGUAGGGCCAAUGCAAAUGGAGUGCGUUGGAUUUGACCAUUAGUGACUUACAAUUCUCUCCUCAAGGCAGACAAAUUCCAUCAGAAGAGGACAUUUGUACUCAAAUACCUCUCCUUCUAUUCUUUCUUUUUUUCACUUUUGCCUUUUUGCAUUAUUAAAAUAGCACACUAAUGAUGUGGGUUGACUUCCCCUCCCCCACAACAACAGAGAUUCCAUUGGGGAAAUGGACAACAAGUAAAACACUUGUACAAAUGGUAAUCUGGCGCUGAUGCUUUAAAGUUGUGACUGAAGAGGGAAGGUAUUGGUCUAGGGAUCCAUGCAUCUUUGCUUUGGGAUUUGCUUUAUGACAGAUAAUAUAAAGAAGAAAGAAGAUAAAUGUGGUGCAGCCAGUUUCCCUUUGAUUAAAACUCUCUUUUAAGUUAAGCCUACCCAACUCCUACUCUUACUCUUAGGGUGGUCCAUUGUAUUUAUAAUAAGAGUAAACUCAUUUGUAAAUUAAUUGCAGUAGGGAAGGUAGAAGACCCACUUUUGUUUCUUCACUUUCUUUCUGUUUGGUGAGAAGUUGUUUUCCUUAUGCAAAAGAUGGAACGCAUGAACGACACUUGUGUCUUUGCUUUUUAAGUUUUGGUUGUGGCUACUUUCUUGAUUCACUUGCCCACUUCAACCUUUAAUA